UGAACGCUCCACUUUUGGCAGGUUUUGUGUUCAUGCUUGAACAGCAGUACAGUAAAGUGGAUUCAGCAGCAGGAGAACGUCACAGGUCGAAAUGCCCGCAGAUUUGAGCCAGUGGACCGGGGACCUUGCCCUAACGGAGGUCGAGGAGCAGCCUGCACAGCCCCUGACCGUUAAAUACGACUCUGUGGAAGUCGACGAGCUGGGCAAAGUGCUCAAGCCAACACAGGUGCAGAAUAGACCCUCCUGCAUCGAGUGGGAAGGAUGUGACUCCAGCAAGAUGUACACCCUGGCCCUGACCGACCCUGAUGCUCCCAGCAGGAAAGACCCCAAAUUCAAGUGAGAAGAGAUUUUUACUGUUCUUAGCUGUUUCAGUG